AUGGUUCGCAUAUUCAUUACCGGCUCCAGCGACGGCAUCGGCCAAGCUGCCGCCAAAGCCCUCGCAGACCAAGGCCAUUCAGUAGUCCUCCACGCGCGAAACGCAGACCGCGCAACCGCUGCCCACAAAGCCAUUCCGCAGGCCGAAGCAGUACUAGUCGGCGACCUGAGCUCAAUCGCCCAAACCAAGAAACUUGCGGAAGAAGCCAAUUCCCUAGGUUCGGGGACCUUCGAUACCGUCAUUCACAACGCAGGAAUCGGCUAUGGCGGUACAUCCAGCCGUGAGAUCACAGCGGACAAUAUCUCGGCUGUCUUCGCUGUGAACACGCUUGCGCCGUACAUCCUGACAUGUCUCAUGAAGAGGCCGUCGUCGCGACUUCUCUUUAUGAGCUCUGAUAGUCAUUAUGGGGGUGAUGAGAAUCUGCGGAAUAUUACGCAGUCUCAUUCCUACAGUGACAGCAAGUUGCAUGAUACCAUGCUUGCCAAUGCUUUUGCGAGGCGGUGGGGCGAUGAGAUUCAGGUUGUUAGCAUGCACCCUGGCUGGGUGAGGACAAAGAUGGGAGGAAUGGCUGCUCCAGAGGGGUUGGAUAAACCGACGAAGGUGCUUUCUGAAUGGGCUGUGGGCAAAGGGAAGAUGGCUGCUCUCAAAAGUGGUGCCUUUUUCACCACGAAAGGCGAGGAGUCGGCGCACCCUGGUGCGGGAAAUGUGAGCAAGCAGGAAGAGUUGUUGAAGAUUUGCAAGGAAGUCUCCGGGGUUGACAUUCCCGAGUAG